AUGCCCCGAGUUAAUGACGGAGCUGGGCCAGAUGGUUUGGAAACUAUAAAUACCACGGCUAGAAACAGUCCGGCGGCUGUUGAAGUCACAGAAUCCGCUGGUAUCUUGCGAAUCCCAGUUUCCCCCGCACAACCACUCACAGAUAACGCCGCCACUCAGUUCAAUAACAACAACAACAACAACAGUAACAACAACAAUCAUCUUCAACAAUCUUCAUUCAACAACUCUGCUCCAUCUAUGAGUCCAGGACUUUCAGCUGCAGUGUCUCCAAAUAAAAUGAGCUCUCCGGGACCCCCCGCAGAUACUUUUACACCUAUUACUACUACUACCAUUUGCCAUUGCGGUGAAACGCACGCGACCAGAGUCCAAUGUGCACUGCCUAUGGCCAUAAGCAUUACUUCUUCCACAGAUACCCAGGCCACAGAACUAUCUGUGGAUACUCAGGUUUUUUUGGAGACUCGAACUACUCAAUCACAAGGAAGCUCUAAAAGCUCGAGUGGGGGUACUAAUGGAUUUAAUGAGAAACUCAUUACUACUAACAACAACAACAACAAUAAUAAUAACAACCCUGUGGAAUCCUCAUCUAAAGAAGCCUCAGUAUCUAAUAAACAAUCAAACAACCCCCAGCAGGACUUAUCACAAGACCUUUCGAAACCACAGCAACCCCCGUCUACCUCUUCAAACAAUAAUACCCUACUACGGCCAUCGCUACUCGACUCUGUGUUCCACGACCCAUGGUAUGACCGCCGCAUCCCGCUCCAAACCUCGUCAUACUUACGGCCCGGAGCUCAUUUUGUGGGCACCCAGCAUAGCAAGCGGUCAUCGUACGAAGUAUCUGUUGUUCUCAAAUCGGUAGAUAUGAGCACGCACUUUUUAUGCGGAUACCUGCGAAUCCGAGGGUUGACUGAGAACCAGAGUGUGAUGGAGACAUACUUUGAGGGAGAAAUGGUAUCACCUACAAUAUCUUUUUACACACGACGACCCGAGUGGAACCAAAACGAUCAAGUGGAUCGUACACACUGGAACCGGUUCAAUGCGUGGCGCGCACUUGCUGCUAAAGCUGACAAGAAAAUCGAUGCAGAUUAUGUCCAUAAUAGGUUUGAAAAUCAGGAACAUGUUUUUAUGAGAUGGAAGGAGUUUUUCCUGGUUCCUGACUACAAGGUACGCAACAUGGAGGGAGCGUCCUAUGAAGGCUUUUAUUAUAUUUGCUUUAACCAAGUUGAUGGAAGUAUCACGGGCGUAUAUUAUCAUAAAAACUCUGAGGUGUACCAGCAACUUGACCUGUCGCAUGCUCCAGAUUGGGGGACAUAUCCGUACUAUGAAUUUCGAUGA